CGUUGAAGUAUUGUGAGUGGUGAAAAGGUUGAUCGUGUCAUUUUCAAUUUCAAAUACAUAUAAUUUCAUCAUUGGACAUACAAUUAAAUGGAUAUUCAAAUCGAAUUGAGUUUAAAUUAAAUUUUUUUUGUAUAAAUUUUUGUAAAAUUCAACGUAUUAUGACAAAAAUUGAAUAAUGAAAUCGAGACGAAAGAAUUCAUCGUAUUUAUGAAGUGUAUGUGCAGUGUAACCAGUUUGUUUUGUUUGCAAUGGUAGCCAUUUUUACAUUGUGCUUUUCGACGUCGUGUAAUUAAAAUUCACACAAUGAUUCGAAAAAUGAAAUAAAUAAAUUACAAAAGAGAAUGGAGUCGAUUGAUUGGAUUUCAACAAAUUUGUUAUGAAUAUUGUUGUGGAAAAAUGCAUUUUUCCAUCAUUUACGCCCGAUUAAAAAACCAAAUUCGACAGAAGAGAAGAAGAAAAACAUCUACUUAAAAAAAAAAACAACUUUGUCAGCGAGUAAUUAAUUUCGUGAGAUUUAUUUCGUUUUGAAUUUCCGUCAAUUUAGAAACGAAUGAGUUGGUUACAAAUAACCAUACCUAUCCAUAUCGGUGUUAGUGAUCGAUGCUGUAAAUUGGAAUGAUUUCUCAACAAUAUCUGGAACAAUACUUUUACCUGAACAAAUUUUUCAAACUUUUGUUGAAAACCUGAACAAAGUUAAACGUGAAAAACAUACACAUAUUAAACGAAGAAUAAAAUUAAAAGUGGCAAAAUGUCAAGUGUAAACUGAGCGCGUAAAAUAUAAAUGUUCGAAUUUCGAUUCGUUCGUUCACCGACUUUUUAAGUCGCUAUAAGAGUCGAUUUUAUAAGUAAUAAGCAUAUAUAUACAGCAUAAAAUAUAUACGCUCUCUUCUCUCUAUCUAUUUUUUUUUUCGUUCAAUAUUAUUUUCGUGAAAUUCAUUCGUAGAAGAUUUUAAUACGAAUCCAAAAAAAAAACCAUUGCAUUGAGAAUACGUUCUGUGACCUUAGUGAUGUUACAGCAGCAAUCGCAGCAGCAGCAGCAACAACAACAACAACCGAGAAUUGCAUCGAAGCGAAAGCGUGAAUCAGGUGGUGAGUGUGGAUGUGGUUGUGUCGACAGCAGUAACACAAUUGCAAUAUCAUCAGGAGGACCAGUAAUUGGUCCAUCAAACAGCAACAAAACGGCACAUACUAAAGUAGCUACGUCAGGGAGCCAUGCGAAUACGCAAGCCCCUAGUAAACGAGCCAGCAGCGGUGCUGACGGCGACUACCAACUCGUACAGCACGAAGUCUUGUACUCAUUAUCAGCCGAAUAUGAGGUGCUGGAGUUCUUGGGCCGUGGCACAUUUGGUCAAGUGGUGAAAUGCUGGAAACGUGGAACCAAUGACAUCGUUGCUAUAAAAAUCCUGAAAAAUCAUCCAUCAUACGCUCGACAAGGCCAAAUUGAAGUAUCCAUCCUAUCACGUCUCAGCCAAGAAAAUGCCGACGAAUUUAAUUUUGUUCGUGCAUUCGAAUGCUUCCAGCAUAAAAACCAUACGUGUUUGGUAUUCGAAAUGCUUGAACAGAAUUUAUACGAUUUUCUCAAACAGAACAAAUUUUCACCACUGCCGCUGAAAUUCAUUCGACCAAUUUUACAGCAGGUUUUAACUGCUUUGUUAAAAUUAAAGCAACUUGGACUAAUCCAUGCCGACUUAAAACCUGAAAACAUCAUGUUGGUUGAUCCAGCAAGACAACCGUACAGGGUAAAAGUUAUCGACUUUGGAAGUGCAUCGCAUGUUAGCAAAACCGUAUGCAAUACGUAUUUGCAAUCGCGUUACUAUCGUGCACCAGAAAUUAUUUUGGGCUUGCCGUUCUGUGAAGCAAUUGAUAUGUGGUCACUGGGGUGUGUUGUGGCUGAAUUGUUUCUCGGUUGGCCGUUGUAUCCUGGAUCGUCUGAAUACGAUCAAAUCAGAUACAUAUCGCAAACGCAGGGUUUACCAACGGAGAAUAUGUUGAAUAGUGCUAGUAAAACGGCAAAAUUCUUUUAUCGUGAUGUCGAUUCAACGUAUCCAUUUUGGCGCUUAAAAACACCCGAAGAACAUGAAGCCGAAACAAAUACAAAAAGCAAAGAAGCUCGCAAAUAUAUUUUCAAUUGUUUAGAUGACAUUGGUCAAGUGAAUGUACCAACCGAUCUGGAAGGACAAUUACUUGCCGAAAAAACGGAUCGUCGCGAAUUUAUUGAUUUGCUAAAACGUAUGUUAACUAUUGAUCAAGAGCGUCGCAUCACACCGGCUGAAGCAUUAAAUCAUGCUUUUACCACAUUAACACAUUUGGUUGAUUAUGCGCAUUGCAAUAAUGUCAAGGCAUCUGUACAAAUGAUGGAAGUGUGUCGGCGUGCCGAUUUCCAUACCGUACAACCAAGUUCAGCAUUGGUAUCAAACUUUGUACCAAACACCACCGAAAAUAUGACAUUCACGAUAAACAAUCAACUAUCGAAUCAAGUUCAACGAUUGGUUCGGGACCGACCGACCGCUACCUAUGCUGAUAAUCUCUAUCAAAUCUAUGGUGGCCGAAAUGUUGGCCGUCAAUAUACGAAUACUCGUAACGAAUUCCCGCAUCAAUUGAUGUCAAGCAUACUGUGUCAGCCGGGAUAUCAGACGAUGCCAAGUCCGACAAAGCAUGUUGUAGUUGGUGGUACAGCCCCACUUCAGGUGCCUCCACAGCAAUAUGUUCCGGUGCCUGUUUCAAUGGUGGAACCAACAUCAGCGCAACGUAUGUUGCUUACAAAUCGUGUACAAACAAAUACUGUGGCAUGGCCACAAGGUGGACGACAAGUGUUGGUACCGUCAUGGUCACAACAAGCUGCUUCACAUUCUUUGAUCGUUGACUCAGCACCAUUUCUUAAUAUGGAAGAAAUUUAUCCGAAGCAUCACUUGAAUUUGCCACGGCACGAACUCAAGAAAGAAUCGCCAGUACAUCAUUUACCUGUACCGCGUCACGAUAAGAAAGAAACAAAUCAGCUAUCACCAGUUAAGAAACGAGUCAAGGAAAAUUCCCCACCGCAUCAACAACGAUACAAUCGUGCGCAUGUAUCGCCACAAUAUCACCCGAGCUCCAAUCACAUAAAUUAUUAUACAAACAGUGGCAAUAACAACAAUAAUGCAAACAGCAUGAACAAUCAUGGCCAUCAAUUGCAACACCAUCAAAAUACGUCGAGUAGUCAGCUAAUUACGCAACCACAUACCUCGUACUCGAAUACAAACAAUAACUCGAUGCCACUCAGCCAUUCGAGUAGCCACAACAGUUUGAAGCAGCAACAAGUUCAUCAAACACAACACCAUCAACAGCAGCAACCACAACAACAGCAGCAGCAGCAGCAACAACAACAACAACAACAACAGCAGCAGCAACAACAAACAAUUACAAUCCACGAUACCCCAUCUCCCACCGCCGUGAUAACGAUUUCCGAUAGUGAAGACGAACUACCGGAAAUCAAGCAUGCGUCCAAAGCGACGAACAAUCAACGAAACCAAAAUUCGUCCUCAUCGUCAUCAUGUCAAUCGAAUGCGAAUAACAUGAGAUGGCAAUGUCAACCAUCAACAUAUGGUGGUGCAAAUGCAAACAAUGCAACCCAAUCGCAUGAUGCUCAAACACAUCAUACGAGCAACAAUGUCAACAAUUACAAUUCGAAUAAUAAUGCCAAUAACAAUGGAAAUCGACAACGGAAAAAUGUCAUUUCGUGUGUGAGUGUUGGUGAUAGUGACAAUGAAGAUCGUCAUUGUACGCCCAAACAAAAUUCGUCCGAUUCCAAACAUUUGGUGCCGAAACGUAAUUUCCUACAACGACAUUGUACUCUGGCUACGACACAAUGCAAUGAAAAAGCACAUAGUAGCCAACAAAUUCAGCAGCAGCAGCAACAACAACAACAGCAGCAGCAGCAACAGCAACAACAACAACAGCAGCAGCAACAACAGCCAUCAUCAUCGCGUGCUGCCCAGUCAACGGCUGCAUCUUCGUCGUCAAAUCAAUUGUUGCCGAAACAAGAACCAACUGAACUUCAGUAUAGUAACGAUAUGUCAAAAUACGGCGAAAUCAAUGACUAUCCACAAGUGGUCGUUGAAAAACGUUCAUCAUGGGCACCACCAGCCCAUAACAAUCAUAAUCAUAAACGUGAAUCAGUUCCAUCGUAUUCACAACAAGUUGCCCCACCGCAAAUAGGUUGCAAAGCGCCUAUGUAUCGUCAAACACAUCAAUCGAAUACGCCGCUUGGAGGUUCACCAGGAAUCUUACAACAAGAUUUCACGUAUGCACAAAGCGAUGUGUAUCGACGUCCAACUGUGUUUGUAUCACAAGCUCCUUAUCAAAAUUACAAUCGUGUCGUACCACCACCAGCUCACAAUGGAUCAAGUCGUCAAGUUUUACCGGCACAUCAUCCAUUGCCAGCGCAUAUUCAGUUUCCAGCCCAAUAUAGCCAAUUCGGUCCAUUGAGUCCUCAAGUGCCAACCAAGCAUGGACAUUAUCAACCGGCUAAUUUAUGGUUUGCGGAAUAGAACACAAGACCUCAAUUCAUUUGACAUACGAACAAUAUGCCCAACAAAUGAAUUAAAACAUCCCAAAUUGUGUCCAUCUUAAAUGUGCUUUAAAACAAAAACGAGACUAUAACAAACAACGACUCCAUUAAAUUACACGAAAAUCACGAGCUAUCGGAAUAGAAGAAUCCAAAGAUUAACAACAUUCCUCGCUUUGUUGAGGAAUCUCGAUUUAAAAUCAUUUCUCGGGAUUUAUCGAGAAAACAACAACAUCAGUAACAAAAAAAAAAAAAAAAAAAAAACAGCAGAGACGAAUGUUAUAUGAAGUAAUAUCAUUUUAUUUGUUUACUAUUAGCAUGAGAGAAUUUUGAAACACUACAAAGAACUUACGAAAAACAAAAACAACAUUAUUAGAACGAUUUAAAUAAAAAAUACAAAGAGAGUUCAAUUUAAAUGUACUUGCACACAUGCAUAGAAUAUUUUAAAGGAUUUAAUUAUUAUAUUAAAUGAAAACAAAAAUGAUGAUGAAACUGAAACAAAUUAAUAAUUAAAAACGUGUGUGAGUGUGUGUAUGUUGAUAGAGAAACGUUGUGCAUUUACAACGAAAUGAGAGAAAGCGAAAGCACAGAAAUGAAGAAAAAAAAACAAAUCAGAUCAAACAUGGUUAUGCUUAUAUUUUAUACGUUAGUCAGUGGAUGUAUACCGUGAAAUAGAUAGAAUAGAUAAAAAAAAAUCGUUUAGAUUGAAAUUCACGUGUAUCUCGCAUUAUUAUUAAUUAAUGUUUCUUGUGAAUUUACGAAAACAAACAAAAUCGGGUGAAUUUAGUGGCAAAAAUGCACGUGAACUGGCUAGCCGCUAGCCCAUCAAAAAAGAAACAUUUCAUUCGAUAUCUUCAUGAAAAUAUAUCAAAUUCAAUGGAAAUAAAUGGUAAAAUUCUUACCAUGUGCACGCAUACAAAGGGCUUAUAAUUUGCCAAAUAUGUGAGAAACAAAUAGUAGUUAAAUCAUCAUCAAUGAAAAAAAAAAAACAACAAACUAUUCAAUUUUUUCAAUUUAAUUCAAUAAAUCUACACAUUAUAUUCAAGUUUGUAAUAUAUGUGGUGAAGGCUGUAAAGUAUCUAACAAUGACCGAUGUAACUAUAAAAAUGUUACACCGAUUUGUGCUUUGGCUUUGAUGUAAACAAAGGUGGUGUAUUUGUUGGUUUGGUUGCAUUUGCAAACACGUUCAAUAUAAGUUGAUACACACCCAUCCAUGCUUUUCUUUGUGUAUUUCCUGAGUGGUGGUGUGUGUAUUGCACAUUUUACAAAAAUUUAUGAAACCAUUCUACCAAAACCAACAUUGUUUCCAUCAAGUGAGCAAAAUCAAUUGACACCACAACAUCAAAACUUACUAAAAAUGAAUGACAUUAAACAGAAGGGUUAGAUACUUUCUUUAGAUUUUUUUUUCUUUCUUUUUUUUUGUUCUCGAUUAUUAUAUAUAAUAUAUAUAUUUGUGUAUUUUUUUCUUUGUUAUUAUUACACAUUUUUUUAAAAACAAAAUACUGCAGCUAGAUAAUAGGAAUAGUUGACAGUGAAAAUAAUAUUACCAUUGAUGUGUAUUCUUCACGAAUGUGUAUUCUUAUCAAUUUUAAUUUACUCCUUCUUCUCCUCUUUCUUCAUGCGGUUCUCUAGCGCAAUUUAUACAAUAUGGUAGGAUUUACUUAUGCGUCAAAUUCAUUCUAAUCAAUUUUCUCCAUCUCUGUGUUUUUUUUUUACUUACUUUCUUUCACAAAAAGAGGGAUUUUUCGGAGGUAAAAACCAACUAAAAUACUAAUCGAAAUCUAACGAAAAAAACAAGAAAUUUCAAUGAUUUUCUUCAAACAUAAAAUAUACAGAAAAAUUUGAUGUUUAGACAAUUCGAUACAAAGAACGAAUAGUUUUCUUUCAAUUUUAUCGUUCAUAUAAACAAAAAAAUAUUGCUUCAUUUUCUUGUUGUCAUUCGCUUAAAUUCUGUACAUUUCAAUGCAUUUCGCAAAAAAAAAAAUUGAACAAAAAUGCAAAGUAAAUCGAAAUGUUGUGAAGCCAUUAAAAUUAUAAAAUAUGAAUAAAUAUUCCCUACAUUUGAUGGAAUCCUUCUUUUUCAUAGUCAUCCCAAUUCCAAAACUAUAUUUGUGUGCUUGUUGUAUUGAGAAGAAAGAGAUGGAACAAAAAAAAAACAAAGGUCUCUGGUAUAAAUAUAGUAAAGAUUAGGGUUUUUUUUUAAUUAGAUUGAACUAAAAAAAAUUAAUAAUACUGAAACGAUUGGAGCGGUAAUUUAACAUCAGUGACAAAAUAACAAAAUGCCAAAAUACAUAAAUGGCGAAAAAACUUAAAAUUUAAUCUGCCUACUAUUAAAACUCAAAUACAAAAGAAACAAACAAGAUAAUUUGUGUGAUUUUAUAGACAAAAAAAAAUAUUAUAUAGUUUAGAAAGUCUAACGAUUUUUAACAACAAACAAACGAAAAAAAAACUUUUUAAAAAAUUACAUAUGGUUAGAGCAUAUUUCGGUGUAUUUGAAUGAGAAGUUAUUAUUAACACAUACACAAAAUGUCGUUUAUACAAUUCAUGAAUGCUGCCCCUUCAAUACAAUUCCCAAUAGCCGUUUUGUAAUUAAAAAUCUCAAUUGAAAUGAUUUACGAAUCACAUAUGAAAAAUAAUCGUUAAACAACAAUUAUUAUGCGACUACACACACACACAUACACCAUACAUGUAUUGAGCUAUAUAUCGAAUAUUAGGUUUUUAAAAAAACGAACUGCUAAUUGACUAAUAUUUAUCCAAUAUAAAGAUUAAUUCAACAAAAAAAAUUGAGAGAGAGUCUUUAAAGUAUUAUAUAUAUAUCGGAGAAUGAAUCUGACUGAAUAGUAGCUAGUAAGAUGGUUUUUUUUGUUAUUCAAUUCCAUUAUAGCAAUCAACUUAUAAUUAGUUUGGAAAUAGCUGAAUUUAAAUUCGCAUCCAAAAUUCGAUUGGCAACGGAGCUCUAGUUAUCGUAGAAGCUUUGCUACAAUGCAUGCCAGGCCAAUUCUGAUAGCUUCCGCACAUUAGAAUACGAGUGUCAGCAAUAACGAUACAAUUAUGAAUUUCGUCUUGCGAAGCCAACGAUACGAUUUUCAUGAACUAUUAUUACAAAUGAAAUGGGAUACAUCUUCCAUGUCAUAGUAAUACAAAAUCAGCCUUUACAAAAUCAAAAAACCCAUUUUGUUUGAUUUUUUUAAAAAUAUUUUAAUGGCAAUUUAACAAUUAAAAUUUGGGUGAAUCACAACAAAUGAAGAAGAAAAAAAACUAUCCUAGCUAAAUAUUCAGUCAAAUUGAUUCUUUGUCAUAUAUAUGUAAUAUAUUUGACUUGACCGUUUGUUUUUUCUUAUUAAAUGAAAGAAAAUAUACAACAACAACAAAUGUUAUAUUUCUAGUUCUUCUUAAUCGUGAAUUUAUAUGAAUCAAUGUCUACCGUGCUCCAUGUUCUUGGCUUAAACGUAGGGAAUUUUCUUCUACUUCUUUUAUUCAAUUAUCGUAUGAAUUUAUUUUAAUGUUUUAUGUUUAUACAAUAUAAUCCGCACUUAAUGGACGAAAAAAAAAACUAAAAAAGAUUCCAAUCUCUGGUUAAACGAAUACAUAAAUAUAUACAAACACCUACACUCACAAGGCACAUUCUAAACUAUUGCGGAAUAAUACAGACAAAUAGAUUAGCAACCAGAAUAUAUAAUAAAUUAAUAUGUUUUAUGUACUUUAUUUUGUAUAUUUGCCUUAUGAAAAAAGAGAAAAAAAAAACAACAAUAAACAAUAAUUUGCAUGGAUUCUAUCGAAAUGUGAAACAAAAAAGAACGGUUGAAAUGAAACACUUACAUGAAAUUACAUAGGAUAUAGAAGUUAAGUGGAACUUCAAAAAAGUAGCACGAAAUCAUUAUUGAACAAAAAAAAAACACUUUUUAUUUCUUUAUUAUCUUUUUUUUAUUAGACAAAUUAAUUUUCACACUUUAUUCGUUCAUUAUUAUUUAAUAAAUUAGAAGGGGAUAAUUGCUUUUUUUAACAUAAUAAAUUGGCGACAAUUAUUUAGUGGGUCUUUACUUAAGUGAUACAAAUUUUACUCACCAUAUAUUCAUUGCAUUGGAUUCAAAUGCAUUGAAUUUAGAAUUUAUCAAAAUCAAAGCUAUAGCUAUAUGGCCAAACAAAAAUAAAAACAACAACAACAAAAAAUUAAGAAAUAAAUCAUACAAAUUAUAAAUGAGUAGAUGUGACCCAGGGUUGUACACGUAUGAUCGCAUUUUAUAUAAAUCGUGUUUCCUUUCGAUAAUGCGUGUGUUUGUUGACAAUUUUUCGCUCAUACGAUUAAUUCUAAAUUUAAACAAAUCAACAAUACAACAACAACAAAUUUAACAAAAUAAAAUAACAUUUAAAAAAAACAACGUUUAUAAUUGAAAUUGUACUUUAGUAUGUAGACACAAAACAAACAAUAACAAAUUAAACUAUAUAUGAAUUAUAAUGGUGAUUUUUAUAACUAAUAUUACCUAGAAUAGAAAAACUAAUAAAAAAACAACAACAACAAAUGAACAUAUAAGAUUUAUCUGAAUGAAUGGAUGCGAUACAGCGUCAGAAAGGAAAUGUGCUAGCACAAAUUUAGUAGCGCGCUAUGCACGAUUCAAGUCUAUUAUUGAAAAAAAAAAAAAAAAACAAAACAAAAAU